AUGUUACCACCGUUAACUAAACACUUAUUACUACCUUUAGGUCCUAACAUGGAAGAAAAUAACUCAUUUAACUGUAAACAAGUUAAAUUAUUCAUUGUUAUUGCUUGGCCUUCAGCUGUACACUUAGCUUCUGAAUUAGUUGAUUGCAUGGGUUUUAAAAGAAAAUUUAUUAAAAUUAAUUUUAAUCAGAAAAAUCAAUAA